AAGUAAGAGAGAGGAAAAGCCCCGGGUCCCUACAGGAUUCAUUUAUUCAAAAAGGAAAUUUAAAAACCUUCAAAAUGCAGAACUCCUGUGAAAUAAAUGAAGGACAGCCACAGAACGCACCAAAGGCAGAUGAAGGCCAUCCUUCGGAAGAUACUCCACAGGAGGCGCAAGGCAAUCGUCCAGCUGCAGAAGAAAGUGUUAGAGAGGAAGCAAGAGGAAGCCUUGGAGGACAGCCUGCUCAGUUUGCCCAGGAACCUAAAGAGAACACUCUGGUCAGGCAUUUGUACCCUGAGGAAAUAAUAAGAGGAGUAGAUGAGUUGGAAAGGCUUAGAGAAGAGAUAAGAAGAGUAAGAAACAAGUUUGUGAUGAUGCAUUGGUAGCAAAGACAUUCACACAGCCGUCCUUACCCUGUGUGCU